AUGGCUAUUAGCAGGAAGGACGUUCAAGUUUGCAUGCUAAAAGUUCUUUACUUUUCGAUCAGAUUUGUUUGGAACUGUGUGAAAACUCACCCAUAUGUUUCAUCUACUUUGAUAUUCCUUGGACUUCUUUAUGCAUGUAAUCCCUCGCUCUUUUGGCUGGUGAUAUACUUGUCUACAUUUGUCUGCAUAGUUGUUUCAACCGCUAAAUUAUAUUAUAGAUUUGGCAAUGCCAAGAAUCCCAAAAGAGACGAGAAGAAUGCUAGCGAUGGCGCAAAACCUGUUAGGACGAGUAGACUUGUCAAAAAUGAUGUGCAUGCCCGAUCUGUUAGACGAAGAAGAUCAAGAGAGACAAGCAGGGAUGAUUACUCGCAAACAAGCGAGGAGGAGAAAAGCACCGUUUUCUCAUCAACCUUUAACCAUGGUACGGUUGAUAAAAGUGCUAUAAUAGAACAACAACCGAAAGAAAUUCGAGAGGUGGAAGUGGAUUCUCUAGUUGUCCACGCUGAAUGUUCUUCCUCCAAUCGUCUGCGAGAUUUAAGACCUGAAUUUCGCAUUCAAUCCCAUGAAGGGUCUCAGAGGCUUGAUCGCGAGAGAGGCGAGAUAGAGACAGAGAGUUCAGAAGGCACAGAAGGGGAAGAUGAUGAGCGUGAUAAAGAGGAAAAUAACAAGGCUGUGCAGUGGAAUGAGGAUGAUCAGAAGAAUCUGAUGGAUGUCGGAAUUUCUGAGAUUGAGAGAAACAGGAGGUUGGAGAGCUUAAUUGCAAGGCGAAGAGCACGCAAAUUGUUGAGCCUUCAGGUAAGAAAGACACUGAUGAACAUGGACAACAGUGCGCCUUUUGGUCAUAUUACCCCUUUAAUGGUACCAAGACAUAAUCCUUCUAUCCUCAACCCUCCAUCAGGCCGGUUUUCUCCCAUGCCCGGCUCAGCUCCUUCUAUCUUGGUACCAAUGCACAACCCUUUUGACAUUCCUUAUGAUCCACAGGAAGAGAAACCAAUUCUUACAGGUGGUAGUUUUGAUCAAGAGUUCCUGCCACUGCACCAGAAGGAUCUGUUCAGCAGACAUGAGAGCUCUAGCUUAGAGUCUUCCUUCCCAGGAGGAUCAAAGCAAGAUCGAAAAGACGCAUCUCAAUUUUAUGACUCUGCAUUCAAGGAGAGGGAGAGGGGUUCUGGACAACAUGAGAACUCCGAGUUAGAAAGCCAAUUAGAUCAAAAAGACACUGAGAAGAUAAUUGAAGUUGAGACAUCUCAACCACCAAAGUCUAACUCAAACAUGGUUAGAGAUCAUAGUUACGCCCAAGAACACAUCCAGAGCCCCGAACAGGGAGAAGAAUUAGUAGAUGGUCAUCAGGAAGAAGAAAAUUCUGAAGAAAAGACAAUCUGGAUGCCGUCUGACGAUUUAAGUGGCAAGUCCAGCACUGCAUCGUCGUCCGAAGAGGAAGAACAAUUUCCAAGAGUAGAUAAAGAUGCAAUCCUAAAAUCGUCAGCGAGAUUUAAGACCAGGCUUGAUCGCGAGAGAGGCGAGAUAGAGACAGAGAGUUCAGAAGGCACAGAAGGGGAAGAUGAUGAGCGUGAUAAAGAGGAAAAUAACAAGGCUGUGCAGUGGAAUGAGGAUGAUCAGAAGAAUCUGAUGGAUGUCGGAAUUUCUGAGAUUGAGAGAAACAGGAGGUUGGAGAGCUUAAUUGCAAGGCGAAGAGCACGCAAAUUGUUGAGCCUUCAGGUAAGAAAGACACUGAUGAACAUGGACAACAGUGCGCCUUUUGGUCAUAUUACCCCUUUAAUGGUACCAAGACAUAAUCCUUCUAUCCUCAACCCUCCAUCAGGCCGGUUUUCUCCCAUGCCCGGCUCAGCUCCUUCUAUCUUGGUACCAAUGCACAACCCUUUUGACAUUCCUUAUGAUCCACAGGAAGAGAAACCAAUUCUUACAGGUGGUAGUUUUGAUCAAGAGUUCCUGCCACUGCACCAGAAGGAUCUGUUCAGCAGACAUGAGAGCUCUAGCUUAGAGUCUUCCUUCCCAGGAGGAUCAAAGCAAGAUCGAAAAGACGCAUCUCAAUUUUAUGACUCUGCAUUCAAGGAGAGGGAGAGGGGUUCUGGACAACAUGAGAACUCCGAGUUAGAAAGCCAAUUAGAUCAAAAAGACACUGAGAAGAUAAUUGAAGUUGAGACAUCUCAACCACCAAAGUCUAACUCAAACAUGGUUAGAGAUCAUAGUUACGCCCAAGAACACAUCCAGAGCCCCGAACAGGGAGAAGAAUUAGUAGAUGGUCAUCAGGAAGAAGAAAAUUCUGAAGAAAAGACAAUCUGGAUGCCGUCUGACGAUUUAAGUGGGUCUCAGAGGCUUGAUCGCGAGAGAGGCGAGAUAGAGACAGAGAGUUCAGAAGGCACAGAAGGGGAAGAUGAUGAGCGUGAUAAAGAGGAAAAUAACAAGGCUGUGCAGUGGAAUGAGGAUGAUCAGAAGAAUCUGAUGGAUGUCGGAAUUUCUGAGAUUGAGAGAAACAGGAGGUUGGAGAGCUUAAUUGCAAGGCGAAGAGCACGCAAAUUGUUGAGCCUUCAGGUAAGAAAGACACUGAUGAACAUGGACAACAGUGCGCCUUUUGGUCAUAUUACCCCUUUAAUGGUACCAAGACAUAAUCCUUCUAUCCUCAACCCUCCAUCAGGCCGGUUUUCUCCCAUGCCCGGCUCAGCUCCUUCUAUCUUGGUACCAAUGCACAACCCUUUUGACAUUCCUUAUGAUCCACAGGAAGAGAAACCAAUUCUUACAGGUGGUAGUUUUGAUCAAGAGUUCCUGCCACUGCACCAGAAGGAUCUGUUCAGCAGACAUGAGAGCUCUAGCUUAGAGUCUUCCUUCCCAGGAGGAUCAAAGCAAGAUCGAAAAGACGCAUCUCAAUUUUAUGACUCUGCAUUCAAGGAGAGGGAGAGGGGUUCUGGACAACAUGAGAACUCCGAGUUAGAAAGCCAAUUAGAUCAAAAAGACACUGAGAAGAUAAUUGAAGUUGAGACAUCUCAACCACCAAAGUCUAACUCAAACAUGGUUAGAGAUCAUAGUUACGCCCAAGAACACAUCCAGAGCCCCGAACAGGGAGAAGAAUUAGUAGAUGGUCAUCAGGAAGAAGAAAAUUCUGAAGAAAAGACAAUCUGGAUGCCGUCUGACGAUUUAAGUGGCAAGUCCAGCACUGCAUCGUCGUCCGAAGAGGAAGAACAAUUUCCAAGAGUAGAUAAAGAUGCAAUCCUAAAAUCCUUGUCAUCUCCAGUUUCUAGAAACAUUUCCGCAAAGUGGGACAGCAGAAGUGAGAUGGAGCAUGAUUUAAUUAACUCCGGUCCAUCCAUGUUGCAUGACAACAGAAUGGAGGGACACUUCUUUGCUGACAAGGCUUGCAGUCAUACCCCUACUUAUUCCAUUUCUUCAGACUUGCAGGUUGAGGUUUCCGAAAUUAGUUCACCUCCAUUAACAGUCGAUGGGAGCAUCUCAUCCCAUGAUGAAAAUCGAAUUUCUGAAGGAAGCAUGGAAGGAGAAAUCACCUCUAGCAGUGAAGACAUAUCGGCUGCAUCACCACAUCAAUGUGGUGGAGGAGAUGAAAAGGAAUCAAUAUUAAAGGACAUACACGAGGUUAGCGAAAUUGGCACCGUAGAAGUAUCAAACACCAGAAGUUCUGAGGAGCCUGUUGCAUCGGCAGGGAAAAUGACGGAAAAAGCCCCUAAGCCACUUACACAAUUAACUUCAAAUGCUGAGUUACCUGACGCAAGCCAAGACCAUCCAUCAGGUUUCAACUUCAGCAGUGAAGAGAAUUACCGAAAGCCUAUUACUUGUGAUUCUAGGAAUGGUGUUGCUGAGAAGCCAGAGAAUAUUGAGAAGGAGGUGAAGAGGAUUUGCGGUCAUGAUGAUUCAAAUCUGCCCGAAAGUAGCAAAGCAGAGAACUUCAGUGUUGGAGACAAAGAUAGUGGAACCGAUGGUUGGAUACAGGAAGGUGGAAUGGCACACGCAGAAUGGUCUUUGACGAGUAGUCCAACAUAUAUUGGGUAUACUGGAGACCAAGCAGAAAUGAUGGAAGAGCAUGAUGAGAUAUUUGCAUAUUAUGAAGCAAUUGGGGAAGAUGAUAAUGUCAGAACCUCUGAAGAUUCUGGGGAAGAAUCAAUUGAUAUUUCACAGUAUGGAAACUUGGACAUGGCCAUGGCAGUUGAGGAGCAUGACGCUCAAGAAUCAAAUCAAGAUAAUGAAGGUGGUCAACAGACAGCAGAGAGAGGAUUCCCAAGAGUUACUGAGAGAUACAAUGGUCGCCAAGUAUCACGAUUACUGCCACAUUUACUGGUUCGGCAAGUUCCUUCCAUUAUACCCUUGUCUCCUAGAUCAGUUUUGCAACCCAAAUUUUCAAUUGAUCCCAGCUCUUCAUCCCACUAUACUGACGAAAUGCAUGAAGAGUUUGGAACACCAAUGGCAGAAACUAGUAAUAUCCUGAAUGAUGCAAGAGGAGAAAGUUUGCCUUUGAGUGCACCAGUUACCACAUCAUUGGCUGUGGAGGAUACAACAUCUUGUAUCUCACAUGGUAGGGAUGCCGUAUUGCAGGAAUCCUCAAAUCUUUCAACAACUUCUGCCUUGGAAGCCAACAAUGGACUUGGAAAUGAAUGCCUAGUUCAUGAAUAUGACAGGGGACAAACUGAUCUGCAAAAUUUUUCAACAACAUCAACUGAGCAAGCCAACUAUAGUGGAUUUAGGAGUCAAUGUGGCGAUCAUGAAAGUGAAAAGGGAUAUUAUGAACUUGGAAAUUUUCGUGAAAGUUGUCGUGAAAGAAGCUCAAGUUGUCCUGAAUCAACAUCAAGUGAAUUGAAACCGAUGGAUGAAUCCAGUUCCAGAAUGUUGAAAGAGAAAGAUGAAGGGUCUGAGGAGCUCUACGACAAUGAAGCUCCAAUUGCUUUUGCAAAAAAGAUAGCUCAAGCUCAAGAAUUAAGUAUGCCACAAAUAAGCCCACAGGAACCGGCAAAACCUCUUGGGGGAUCAAGUGAAGUCACAUACAAUCCCAGGAAGAAUGAAACGCUAGUCCAAGAGAUGGAAGAAAAGUCAAAAGAUUUUUUGAGGAAUUUGAUGCAAGCUUUCAAAGAUUAAUUUGACCAAGUUCCCUUGAAAAUAAGAGUACAUAAAUAUAAGAACCAACGAGCAUGACGACCAGAUGUUGAUGUAACAGUGAAUCCAUGUUGAGAACCCGUCAAAGAUUAAGGUACAAACAAAUCUUGAGCAAUCAGAAACUGAUUCAAAUCUGUACGAAAGUUGUGUUGACUCAAAUCUGUACGAAAAUUUUGUUGACUCCA